AUGCAUACAAUACACCUAUUUUUUCUUGUUUAUUUCUCCAGGAUUAUGGAUAUAUUUUCAUGCUAUAAAAAAGAUGAUAUACCUUUUGUUCGGAUUUCUGCUCCUAUGGUUCGAUAUACAAAAUUACCAUUCCGUUUACUACUUCGAAAACAUAACGUUGAUUUAGUUCAUACACCCAUGAUACUGGCUAAUUCAUUUAUUCGAUCAGAGAAAGCAAGAAAUGUUGACUUUACAACUUGUUCAAAUGACCGACCGUUGAUUGUACAACUUGCGUCAAAUGAUCCAUGUGAAUUUGCUAUAGCCACGGAAAUGCUUGCACCAUAUUGUGAUGGAAUUGACUUAAAUUGUGGUUGUCCUCAACCCUGGGCGAUAGGUAGUGGAUUAGGAUCAGCCCUAUUAAAAGAACCUGAAAAAGUUGCCAAUAUUGUACAUGCCGCUCGAAAUACGAUUCCGCGAUGGCGUAAUUCUCACAUGGAAAGUUGUAAAAUGUUAGACUAUUUAGAGGAUUCAAAUAAAAAUAACAAAGCAGAAAAUAAAUUUAGGUCUAUAACACGAUCUCAUGGUCCAUUCUCAAUUUCUGCUAAAAUUCGUAUACCAACUACAAGUGAUAGAUCUGUUGGAGAAGGAAGUUCAUGCGAUCCAAUCAAACUUACCGUUGAACUUGUCCGACGUUUAUCUGUAAUGGGUGUUGACUGGGUUACACUACAUGCAAGAACACCUCAACAACGUAGCAGGGACUGUGCUUCAUGGAAUGUGGUUCAAGAAUUGGUCGACUGUAAAAUUAAACAUUCUUCCUUGGGUACUGAUAUUCCAAUAAUACUGAAUGGUGAUGUCCGUGUACUGAACGAUGCAUAUUGUGCUCAGAAAAUGACCGGUUGUCAUGGUGUUAUGGUUGGUAGGGCCUUGUUGAAAUUCCCACAUCUUUUUACUCCAAAUUAUAUCGAGGAUGAAAACUCACUUCGCUAUUUAUAUGAAGAUUGGUUACUUUUAUCUACACAAUAUACAGGAGGCACAAGUUUUGUAACUGUUCAUCAACAAGCAUAUUGGAUGAUGGAACCAUUUCUGGACAAAACAAAUAGAUUAAUUUUGCAUAGUAUUGGAAGUUUCCAAGGUUUAGUCGAUUGGCUUUUUAAAUAUUUCAAGACAGAAAACAGCUGAUUUGUAUAUUUUCUUUGUACAGUAAAGCAUUUUCCACCUUAAUUGUCAACCUAUUUUCUUACAAUUAUUCUCAGAGUAAAUACAGCUGUUUCUAGAUGACAAGUGAGUUUAGGUGAAUGAGUGAUUAAAGUUAUUUUAUUCAAUGACCAUGGUGGAAUACUUUCUUCCCAUAUAGUUAGUGGAAGACCACAUGCAACAAAAUUCGUAUGA